CUGACGCCACAGCCUUUGAAAUGGCGUUGAUGUAGUUCAAUACGCCGUUAUUUUGUAGUUAUUGUGCUCGUUUUUGUUCCUUCAUUUUUACAUUUCUGAUCAAGUGUAAACUUCUGGACUGUGCCUCUAUAUUUUAGCAUUACGGGAUUUAUGAACAAAAAUGUGGUAAAACAAAUUGUUUAUAAUAUAACGUUACGUUGCAUAAUAAGGCCGCAGCUACCCCCGAUCUUGCUUAGGGAUUACAACGGCUUUUGUGUGCUUGGCCUGCCGCAGCUAUAUUUCGAUUUCCCAGUGAAUCCCGCUGGGCAUGUGUAUCAGUAAGGGGAAUCUGGAAGUGGAGUCAAAUACAACAAUAACAACACCUUUGAUAAUAUAUAAUUUAGUUUGUUAAACAGUCCUUUCAGUCGGAGUUGGGUUUUUAGAUCAUUUCAAAACGUAUUCCCCACACACGUCUACACACUCAAUAUGGCAUCCGUGCCACUCUACUGCUUGUGUCGCCUACCAUAUGAUGUGACACGCUUCAUGAUCGAGUGUGACAUCUGUCAAGACUGGUUCCAUGGAAGCUGUGUUGGAGUGGAGGAGGACAAAGCUACAGAGAUUGACCUUUAUCACUGCCCUAACUGCCAGGUCACUCAUGGGCCAUCUGUCAUGCGCAAACGCCGUGGAGCCAAUAAGCAGACAGAUAAUGGUGCUGCUGCUGGAACAAGAGAUCCAAGUCGGCCUGUUAAGACCGGCAGCCCUCAGUUUGUUAGGGAGCUACGGAGCCGCACCUUCCCUGGUGCGGAUGAAGUCUUGCUAAAGCCGUCUGGGGCCCAGCUAACAGUUGAGUUUCUGGAAGAGCAUUCAUUCAGUGUUCCUGUCAUGGUGCUGAGGCGAGAUGGCCUUGGCAUGACCCUUCCUCCAGCAUCAUUCAGCGUCAGCGAUGUAGAGCACUACAUCGGUGCAGACAAACAGAUUGACGUGAUUGAUGUGUCUCGCCAAUGUGACAUGAAGAUGCGGUUGGGAGACUUUGUUGAAUACUACAACAGCCCCAACAGAGAAAAAGUUCUUAAUGUCAUCAGCCUGGAGUUCUCUGAAACCAGGCUCUCAAACCUGGUGGAGACUCCAAAGAUUGUGAGGAAACUAUCAUGGGUGGAAAACCUCUGGCCUGAAGAGUCUGUGUUUGAACGCCCUAAUGUGCAGAAAUACUGCCUAAUGGGAGUGAAGGACAGCUACACAGACUUCCACAUUGACUUUGGAGGAACUUCAGUUUGGUACCAUGUCCUGAGGGGCGAGAAAAUCUUCUACCUAAUUUCCCCCACUGCAGCCAACUUGGCACUCUUUGAGCGAUGGAGUUCCUCAUCAAACCAGAAUGAGAUGUUCUUUGGAGACCAAGUUGAUAUGUGUUACAAGUGCUCUUUAAAACAAGGAAACACCUUGUUCAUUCCAACAGGUUGGAUCCAUGCUGUGCUGACUCCAGUGGACUGCGUGGCCUUUGGAGGAAACUUCUUGCAUAGUCUCAACAUCGACAUGCAGCUUCGGGCAUAUGAAAUCGAGAAGAGAUUGAGCACAGCAGACUUGUUUAGUUUUCCCAACUUUGAGACAGUGUGCUGGUAUGUUGGAAAGCACCUUCUUGAUACCUUCAGAGGAUUGAGAGAAAACCGAAGACAUCCUGCCACUUACCUGGUUCACGGCGCUAAGGCCUUAAACAAUGCCUUUCGCACCUGGACCCGUAAAGAGGCUAUAGCCGAUCAUGAAGUUGAGAUUCCAGAAACCAUCAAUACGCAGACACUAGUGAAGGACCUGGCCAAAGAGAUUCGUCUGGUUGAGGACAUCUUCCAGCAAAACAUUGGCCGCUCUGGACCUCAGUUUCCUGGUUCACCGCUCCCUAAAGCUCCUCUGAUCACCUCACAGAAUUCAGGACGUCCCCCAGGAAAAAAGAAAGGGCCGAAGCCGAAGGAGGUGAUGGUGGGCCUCGGGGCACCAGGAGCAAAGAAGAAGGGUCAGAAGGGGUUACUUAAGGCAGAAGCAGGAGAACUUGACCUCAUUGAGAUCCACACCAAACAUACCCUGAAGAAAUUUCAACAUGGAAAGUCCAAAAACAAGAACAAGCUGGAUUUGCCUUUAGAUGAGUUUGAAGGGAAGCUCAAAAAAAGCAAACUGAAACUUGUUCUGACCAAUGGAAAACUCCAAGGUAAAAAGGUCGGCAGCAAUGGUGCGAGAAGGGCAGGAAAGUACAAACAUCUUCCUGUGGAGGGAUCCAGUCCGUCUGACUUGGAGACUGAGGACGAGCUGCAGAUUGACGAGACCCCCCCUCCUCCACGACGCAAGCCUGCAGGACAUAGCAAGAAAAAGAAACUAAGUGGUCUUCCGAGGAAGCUGCCGAGAGCCAAACCCUGCUCUGACCCCAAUCGCAUCAGGGAGCCAGGAGAGGUAGACUUUGACAUUGAGGAGGAUUACACCACAGAUGAAGAAGCACUAGCCGCCCACGGAGUGAAAGGUGGUGCUGGGGGCAUUCUGGACCUAUUGAAAGCCAGCAAGCAGGUGGCAGGCCUGGACUCUGCAACACUCAGUGAGGAAGCCCCAGCCUCUCCCAGUACCCGUGACGCCAUACAGGGUAUGCUGUCCAUGGCCAAUCCCCCUUCCUCGUCCUCCUCGUCCUCCUCUUCAUCUCCCUUAUCCAUUUCUGGAGGCCUAACAGAGGGAUUAGGGGUGGUCAAGGAAAAGGGUGGCCGGGCUGUAUGGGUGACUGGAGGGGUCAAAAAGACAAAAAAUCCUGAGAAGAAACCAGUCAUCCAGCGGCCUGGGAAACGCCCAAUUAAACGGCCAGCCCGUCACCUUAGCGACGAGGACAGUCCAGAUGAGCAGGAGACUCUGGGAACCUGUUUUAAAGAUUCUGACUAUGUUUACCCGUCCUUGGAGUCUGACGAGGAGGACCGCGCUAACAAAGCUAAGAUGAAGCGGAAAAAAAACUGGGAUGAUACACCUUGGAGCCCGAAAGCCAGGGUAAUGCCCACGCUACCAAAACAGGAUCGACCAGCCAGGGAAGGGGCGAGAGUCGCAUCUGUGGAAACUGGUCUUGCCGCAGCUGCUGCCAAGCUGGCACAACAAGAGCAGAAAAAGCCUGCAAGAAGGAAGUACACCAAAAAGCAGCGUCCUCCAGCUCCUGUAGCCUCUCCCCCCCCUGUUCAGACUGAGCCAGCCCCACCCUCACCACCACCUGCUCCAGAGACUGCAGCAGACCUCAGCCCAGACAGGAGGAUGGAUUAUUACUCUGCAAGUCUGAUGGACCAUGAAUACACUGCAGGGCCAGGACCUUUUGGCCCUGGAGGCCCUAGAGGCAGUGGAGCCAUGGCCCCGGGUGUGUUCCUCACUUCACGCCGACCUUCACUUUCUCCACAGAACAGCAGCUCUCACUCCGUUAUCUCCCCCGGAGCUUUAACUAGCCCAGGCACAACAGGAGUUGGUCUAGGGAAACGUCCAAAGAAAGGCCUUGCAACCGCAAAACAGAGACUCGGAAAAAUUCUGAAAAUUCAUCGUAACGGCAAACUUCUCCUGUGAGGGUUGUUGGAAAGCUUAAAAGUCUGAAUGAAGAAAAAGACUUUUGUGAAGUAGGUCUUAAAUAAAUAGAGCUAGAUAUCUAUAUUUUGUACUCUAAAUGUGUGUACUGCUGUUAAUGAACCUCACCAUAUCUUGUCUUGUACACCAUUUACUCUGCCCAUUUAUCCAUAUUUGCUAAAAGGGUAUUUACGAAGGGUGUGUGAAUUCAAAAGUAUCCCGUAUGCAAAGACAUUGUUCAUUGUACAUUCAAAAAAGGUAACCCAAUUUUCUAGUUGGGUUGUGGGAUGAUUACAGGAUCCCAAUAUCAACUCACAAUAAACAGUUGUGCAAAAAUUCAGUGUAUUCAAAUUGCCCACAGCCACCGAAAUGCUACAGUUGUUCUUGAGGGAUUUGUCAUGAUUUUUUCCUCCAUUAACUGUAGCUCUACACCCAAAUUUUGGAAGUGCUUAACUGGUACCAAGAGCAAAAGCAUACAGUUCUAUUUAUUAUCAUGUUUGUUUUAACAAGGCAUGUUUUGCCAUCUGUUUGUUUUUACGUGGUAUGCUUUACCACUUUGUUUUGUUCCCUACUUUUAUUAUUUAGUAACCACUUAAUAUCCCAUGCUUUAUUAGUUGUUCGGUUUUUUUUUUGUAAAUAUUUGUAAUUUAUACACUUACAGAACAGAAAGCUUUUAUGCGAUGGAGAGACUGGUUUUGGCAGCAUUCACGGGGUUAAAUCUAUACAAGCAAUGAUUUGGUUCUAAAAUGGAAGCAAAACUUUGGAUUUAAUUGUGUGAACACAUUAUGAAGGUGCAGGACAUGAUGUCAUAUGUAAAUAUAUGUUGUAAUUUAAGUUCUUUUAUAGUUCAAAAACUGAAAUCUUUCUUAACAUAACUUGUACAUGAUACAUUGCUCUAUUUGGAAAAUAUCUAAAAAUAGUUUUUUUAUAUUUGUAUGCAGUAAUCGUCUUGCUGCUUAGUUUGUCUUGUUAGUGUUAUCGUGAAAAUGUUCUUGGAAAAAAAAAACAUUGUUUAAUUUCAUCCAUUUAGUUCAUUAUUGACUACUCUUAUGUUAGUGUGUACUGUGUUUUUAAACAUGUGUUUAAAUACGAUCUGGAAAAGAUAAAAUGUACAUUGGGAAAACAACUUGUUGAUUUUAUAUUAGGUGUACCAAAUCACAGAAAGUCUAAUUUGUGGGUUAAUGUAUGGUUUUCAGUUAAAGUAUGACUACUACAUUCUUUUCUGAUGAAGAACUCCAUUUACAUUGCAGCCACCCACAAGUGGGAUUACAGUAACUAUUAGAAUAUCUUUGAAAGUCCUUGUCAAGUAACAAGUAAUAACACGUUGACAUUUUCUUUCAAAUUAAACAUCAAUUCGAUUGGAUAUUUAAACCACUUCAUAAUUUACUUCGAUGGUUAGUACCUACAUUUUUAAUGUUU